AUGAUGAGCGAUGACGAUCGCGACAUCGAUAUCGAAAGUGAUGCUGAAAAUGAUUCUGAUUCUCGUCCAAAUCCACGCAAUGGAUUAAGUGGCUACUAUUCUCAGGCGGAAAAAAGAGCCCAUCAUAAUGCUUUGGAGCGUAAAAGAAGAGAUCAUAUAAAAGACAGUUUUACAUCAUUAAGAGAUUCCGUACCUGCAUUGCAAGGAGAGAAAGUAGCAAGUCGAGCACAAAUAUUAAAGAAGGCAGCAGAAUAUAUCCAGUUCAUGAGAAGAAAAAACAAUUCACAUCAACAAGAUAUUGAUGACCUCAAAAGGCAAAAUAAUAUAUUAGAAACACAGAUCAGAGCAUUGGAAAAGGCUCGAGCGACCGGAAACUACAUGGACGCACACGAGCUCGGUCUCGGCAUCAAGUCCGAGGACAGCUCCCACGACACCGACAGCUCGGACGGAGAGGGCACCACGCGGCGCGUCAAGAAGCUGAAGAUCAACGGGGUCAACGUCUGA